UCAUCGAUUGCGACUGCCAUUAAUCAGCCUUUGGCCUUUACAGUCAAACUGAGGUGGCCAAUCCAGAGUUCCGAGAUCCCAGCUAAGCUUCUUGAAUUGGGUCUCUCUCUGUUAGUCAGGAAAAGGGACUUUUUUGAGUUGACGACAGCGAAAUGGCGUCGCUAGAUGUCGAGGCGCCGUCGCGCCACCCCGAAGACCCAUCCCCACGGCCAUCUCCAUCACCUAUCGAUCGUCAUCGGUCGCCGAGCCUCCGCCGCGACCGGUCGCUGUCCCGAGACUCCCGCUACUCGAGAGAUAUAUCACCGCCCCGCCGUCGGUUCCGCGAUGACUCGCGCGAUCGAUCACCCACGAGGUCACCAAGGUCUCCACCUUCAAGAAGAGGUUCGCCGCCGCCUCGAGGGCGUUCCCAUUCUCGCUCCGAGGGUCGGUCACCGGCGAUGCCAUCCCAGAGAAUACGCUCGCCGCCUCCCGCACGCCGCGAUGCCGACAGGUACCGACCAGCCAAGAAGGAGCGCACGCCUCCUCCUCCUCCUGCCCCGCCGGCCAAAACGGAGGAGGAGAAGCUGGCCGAACAGAGGGCCGAGUACCAAAAACUCCUUAACCUUCGCAGCCAGGGCGUGUACCUGCCGCCGCAGAAGCUGCGCGCACUCCAGGCGGCCAUUACCGACAAGACCACCAAGGAGUACCAGCGCAUGGCCUGGGACGCCCUGAAGAAGUCCAUCAACGGUCUCGUCAACAAGGUCAACACGGCAAACAUCAAGUUUGUCGUGCCUGAGCUGUUUGGCGAGAAUCUCAUUCGCGGCCGCGGCCUCUUCUGCCAGAGCCUGCUCAAGGCGCAGCAUGCCAGCUUGCCCUUCACUUCCAUCUAUGCCUGCCUGGCAGCCAUCUGCAACACCAAGCUGCCCGAAGUGGGCGAGCUGCUGGUCAAGCGCCUGAUCAUGCGGUUCCGCAAGGCCUACAAACGCAACGACAAGGCCGUAUGCCUAUCCUCGACCAUGUUUAUCGCUCAUCUGGUGAACAACCAAGUCGUGUUCGGGACGCUUGCUGUCCAGAUUCUGUUCCUGCUGCUCAAGCGGCCGACCGACGAUAGCGUUGAGAUUGCCGUCGGGUUCAUGCGUGAAGUCGGCCUGUUCCUGGACGAGAUGAUGCCCAGGGUUGCCAACGGUGUGUUUGAUCAGUUCAGGAGCAUCUUGCACGAAGCCGACAUCGACCGCCGCACGCAGUACAUGAUCGAGGUGCUCUUCCAGGUGCGCAAGGACAAGUACAAGGACAAUCCGGUGAUCAAGGAGGAGCUCGACUUGAUCGAAGAGGAGGAUCAAAUUACCCACACAGUCAGUCUGGACGAGGAAAUCGACACGCAGGACGGCCUGAACGUCUUCAAGUAUGACCCGGACUGGGAGGCCAACGAGGAGAAGUACAAGAAGUUGAAGGCCGAGAUUUUGGGUGAGGGGAGCGGUGAUGAGGACGAAGAGGAUGAGUCGGAGAGCGAGUCCGAGUCAGAGGACGAGGAGCAGAAGGCCAUUGAAAUCAAAGACCAGAGCAAUGCGGACCUCGUCAACCUCCGACGAACCAUCUACCUCACCAUCCAGUCGAGCGCAGAUCCAGAGGAAGCUGCGCACAAGCUGAUGAAGCUGCGGCUUCCUGCCGGCCAGGAACCCGAGCUGGUGUCGAUGAUUGUCGAGUCGUGCGCCCAGGAAAAGGUGUACCUCAAAUUCAUGGGCCUGCUAGGAGAGCGGUUUGCGCGCCUGAACCGGAUGUGGAUGGACCUGUUCGAAGAAGCGUUUAUGAAGUACUACUCAACCAUCCACCGCUACGAGACUAACAAGCUGCGCAACAUUGCCAGGUUUUUCGGCCACCUGCUGUCGUCCGACGCCAUAGGCUGGCACGUCUUCUCCGCCAUCCGCCUGACCGAGGAGGAGACAACAGCAGCAAGCCGCAUCUUCCUCAAGAUCCUCCUUGAAGACCUGCAGGAGAACAUGGGCACGGCGAAGCUCAAGGCGCGCAUGGCGGACGAGACGCUGCAGCCCAGCCUCCAGGGCAUCUUCCCGCAUGACGAACCCCGCAACAUUCGCUUUGCCAUCAAUUACCUCACCGCCAUCAAAAUGGGAUUUCUCACCGACGAGAUGCGCACUUUCCUCGCCAACAUGCCCAAGCCCGCUCUCCCAGCCGCCCCGGCCGCUGACUCUGAUUCUGACUCAGACUCAGCAUCCGGCUAUUCGUCCUACUCGUCCUACUCUUCCCGCUCACGCUCCCGCACACCACCACCCCGCCGAACCAUCGACGGCGACCGGCGCGGCCGCUCCGUCUCGCAUACCCCGCCGCCUCGCCGCAGCAGGCCUGCAAGAGAUGACAGAUCCUACUCGCGCAGCCGCAGCCGCAGCUACACACGCUCUAUCUCCCGCUCUCCGCCGGCCCGGCGGGGGCGGAGCCCUAGCAGGAGCAGAAGUCGCAGCCGCACUACGACCCGAGGGCGCGCCAGAGAGAGGAGUUAUACCCGCUCGCUGACGCGGUCCCGGUCGCCGUCCCGGUCGCCGUCUCGGUCGCCGUAUCAGUCGCUGUCGGCGCCAGCUCGUCGUGGUGCUGGUAGUGGUAAUGGUGCUCGGCGGAAGCGUUCAUACUCGCGUUCCGUGUCGGUUUCGCGGUCUCGGUCGCGGUCCAGGCCUCGCCCAUCUGCUGCCGCUGCCGCUACUGUUACGGUUGGUGGAAAGCGGAGGAGGGAGGGGUCCUACUCGCCGAGUAGGUCGCCUGCACCGCCUCCGGCGAGAAGGGUGAGGAGGUAUAGUUGGUCGAGAUCUGGGAGCAGGUCGAGAUCGGUGUCAAGAUCGAGGUCGAGGUUGAGGUCGCCUGUGAGGAGGGAGAGGGGGUAUUCCGGGAGCAGGUCGCCUCCGGUGAGAAGAGACGGUGGCGGUGGGGGGAGGGAUGGGUAUAGAGAUCGGGAUGGUGACAGGGCUGGUAGUUACAGGGGUGAUACGGCUAGGGGUGGAUAUCGAGGGAGAAGGGAUAGUCGCAGUCGGUCACGGUCGUAUGACCGGACCCCGGCCGGUGUUUCCGGGAAGCGGAGGCGGUAUUAUUCUAGCUCACGGUCGAGGUCGCCUUCUGUCGUGGCGCAGCGGGGGAGGGUUUGAUGGUUUAAGGGCAUGGAGGGCAGUGGAUAAUGAGAGACUGUUUCUUGACAAAAGGCAGCUGCUAUGAGGGCAAUGCAAUGGAGUGGCCCUUUCUCAGCUUUGUAAAGGACACGCACCUUGGAAGCGAAGCAGGGAACCCAAACCGAUUCUGUCGAGCCUCGCUGCACGCUCCAUUUGAAGUUCUGUAUGUAGGUAAACAUUCACAAA